CAUAGGCGAAAUCGGUAGAUGACAUUUAGCAAUAUGAAACGGUUAAACCACGGUUAAAUUAUGAUUUCAGUAUAAAAUACUCUACCACCAACUUUUUUUAUACGAUUUUACAAUCGUUGGUUCAAACAAUUCUUUUACACCGGUGGAAACAAAAAGUUACAAGACACAUUUUGAACUAUCUAUUCAAACAAAAAAUAACAUGAGUCAGUUAGCGAUAAUGCUUAAUUCAACCCAAAAGACACUUUGUAACAUAUAUUUCAUAGAUUUUAUUUAUUUAUUUAUUUCAUGAAAAAAUAUUUUAUGCGUAAAAAUUACUACUUUGUUGCUAUAUAUGUCUGCAAUCUGAGAAUAAUUUGGGAAGUCCGUACACAACACAUUGUACAACUAACUAUUAGUGACAACUUAGAAGCAUGUACUAUAUACUUCAAAUCAAUCCACAUCGGAUUCAUAACCAACGGUGUGUUAAAAAAAUGCUCUCUAUUGGGAAAAACUUAAAGAACAUACUGAAUUUAAUAAGAGACAUUUUUUUUAUCCUAAAAAUUGAUUAUGUAUGUAUUAUGAGAAGCAACUCUAAUAUUCAACUAUUUUGUUUAAUUAAGUAAUGAACGAAAAUUAGUUAUAUUUAUUUCUUUUUUCAUGCAAUUUAUAUGCAAUUUCUCUUUUCAUAAGAUCUAAACACGUUUUGCAUAGUUAGAUCACUUCAAAAAAUGUUAUGUGCAUAAGUAAGAUACAAAAGCCUCAUUUUAUGCAUUUAGAAUUAUCUAUUAUAUUCAUUAUUAUAUUAUAUUUCUCGACAAAAUUUUCCCGACCAACGGGACGGGUCGGGCCCUGUGCUAGUUUUUUUCAUAAGAAUCUGUCUAAAUCGUCUUGUAAAAAAUGCUAUUGGUCACAUAAUAUAAAACUUAACAAAAUGAUAUUAUUUGCGACCAAAUGAUUUCAGAAACUAAAUGAUCUUAAAUCAAUAGAAUUAGUUACCAAAAAUAUUCUGUAUAAUUAAUUUAAACAUCUUUCAAUGAAUUAAUUCGACAAAAAAAAAAUUCAGUUAUGAUAAUCAGAUAUUUUAACGAAAUUAUGAUAAUACAAAUGAUAUUAAAUUCAUAUAAUUAUGACUAUCAACCUCUUAUUACAACAAAAUUUUAUUAUAAUCAUACAUUGUAAAUGCGACCAUCAUUCUUGUUCAACAUACAUAUAGUGCGACAUCCGAUGUGAUCGUCACUGGGAGUCUAGGACUGUUAAGUAUUAUGAAAUAGUCGUCUCCAAAUGUGAAAGCAAGCGUCUUAAUGUUGUCUUAAUGUUAACAUGAUGGGGACCAGUUACGGUAACAACACCCCUUGUGUUGUUAUUGUAACAACACUAGUCUCCAACCAAUAGGAAGCUAGGAUUGUGAUGACUUUUUAUUAGAUGAGUUGACCUAGUGUAAAAUCAAAGCAGGGGUAUAAUUGUCAUUAUGAAAAAUCUGUUUAAAUAAAUAAAAAAUAAAAAAAAUAUAUUUUUUUAUUUUCUGCCCAAAAAUUUGGUCGCCGGAAUUCUGCCACCGGUCGCCGGAAACUGGUGGCCGGUCACCGGAAUAUGCUUUUUGUCGCCGGAAUAUGCUAUUUCUCGCCGGAAUAUGCUUACCGGUGCCGGAAUAUGCUUACCGGCGUCGGAAUCUAGUCAUCGGGGCCGGAAUAUGCCUAUCGGCGUCAGAAUAUGCUGACUGACGGUCACCGGAGUUCGGUCAACGAACUUCGUUGACCGGUCAACGGUCUUCGUUGACCGGUCAGCGGUCAACGACCACCGGAUGUAUGGUCUGCAUUGUGAGAUUUAUGGUUUGGUUUCUCAUAUUUUUGUAUGCCUUUUGUGGUUUGCUUUAUCGUGUUUGUGGUUUGCAUUAAGAAGUUUCUGGUUUGCUUUAUCGUGUUUGUGGUUUGCAUCGAGAAGUUUCUGGUUUGCUUUCAAAAAAUUUGUGGUUUGCUUUGCGGGAUUUCUGGUUUGUUUUAAUAUAUUUGUGGUCUGCAUUAGGACGUUUCUGGUUUGUUUUUGUGGUUUGAUUUACUGUGUUUGUGGUUUGCAUUAGGAGGUUUCUGGUGUGUUUUUUAAAAUUUUGUGGUUUGCUUUGCGGGGUUUCUGGUUUGUUUUAGUAGAAUUUUGGUCUGCAUUAGGACGUUUCUAGUUUGUUUUUUGUGGUUUGCUUUAUCGUGUUUGUGGUUUGCAUUAUGAGAUUUCUGGUGUGCUUUUGCAAAUAUUGUGGUUUGCUUUGUGAGGUUUGUGGUUUGUUUUAUGAGAUUUGUGGUAUGCAUUAGGAGGUUUCUGGUUUGCAUUAAGAAGUUUCUGGUGUGCUUUCGAAACUUUUGUGGUUUGCUUUGCGAGAUUUAUGGUUUGUUUUAAUAUAUUUGUGGUCUGCAUUAGGACGUUUUUGGUUUGCUUUACCGUGUUUGUGGUUUGCAUUAGGGGGUUUCUGGUGUGCUUUUCAAAAUAUUUAUGGUUUGGUUUGUGGGGUUUAUGAUAUGUUUUAGCGAAUUUGUGGUUUGCAUUAGGAAAUUUCCGGUAUGCUUUCGAAAUAAUUGUGGUAUGCUUUGUAAGGUUUGUUAUUCUAUCCGACGUUCUUACUAGAUGUUUCCUCUUAACCCUGAUCAAAUAUGCAAUGACGCUGAUAACCGCCCAUAGCUACGUUGCUAAUCACUACUAAUAUUACUGAUUAAUUAAGUUAUAGUUGAGCUCCUCCUCCUCCAUCAACUAACUAGUAACUAGUACUUAGGGAUGGAAAUGGGUCGGGUGGGGGACGGAUAGUGCAUAUCUGUUACCCUACCCAAUGUAGUUCGGGUUUUACCCAUACCCGUACCCACACGAGAAACGGGUAGAAAAUCAAAACCAUGCCCAUAGCCGUUCGGGUUUCGGGUAUCCACGGUUAUCCAUGGGUAAUAAUUUCUCAUUAUAAUUCCAACCAAUAUGUUAACAUUCACACGUAUACUCACAUUACGUUAGAGAAAAAGUACGACAGUAAUUCACUAGAAUGACGAAAAUUAAUUAAAACAACAUAAUUUCAUGAAAAUGUUAUAUUUAUAUGCUAAAUAUAAAAUAUUCUAGGGAAAAAUAAUGAUUAUUUCUAGACAAAAUACAUAUGCAUGUGUAUAAUCGGGUGGGUUCGGGUUGGAUAGUGAGAUAACCAUGCCCACCCACUACCCGCAAUAUUCGGGUUCGGGUUUUAUCCGUACCCACGAAAAAUGAUUCGGGUUCAGGUUUUACCCUACCCGAUUAGGUCGGAUUCGGGUGGAUAUCCACGGUUACGGAUAUCUUUGCCAUCCCUACUAGUACUCGAAAGCAAUUUGCCACGAAAACAUCCACCUAUAGGAAUUUUCCUACUACGAAACAGAAAGCGCCGCCUCCGUCAUGCUUCGGCUUCCCAUCCCAAUCCAUAUCGGCCGGACGGCGCCCCAUAACUAGUACGCACAUUAGCGCCAGCGGCCAUGGACCACAACUGAGGAGGGUAUGGGGGCAACCAAACCCGAACCAGAAAUCCCAGAAAGGGGGAAAAAGAAAGAAGAAGAAAAAAAAUUCCUCACACUCCUCUCGCCCAAAUCGAAAUUAACAUCAUGCAGUACUACAGAAGAAGAGGCGACUCGAUCUUCGACAACUUCACCCUCAACCCGCUGCCUUACCCGGUCCUCCUAAUCCUCGCCGUAAUCGCCAUUUUCCUCGGCGGCUCCUGGUACUUCAGCUACGAGGAGCUCGUGGAGUCGACAGAGUCUUCGAUGGGCCUGGGCCUCUUCGUCCUGCCGGUGCUCCUCAUCUUCCUCGUGCGCUGAGCAGCCUGAGCAGAUCUGUAGUUGUUUUCGGCAACAGAGCGGAAGAAGGAUAUCGCCGGCGUCUGCUUGAAUCGGAAGGAGAGGGAUGGAAGGAGAUGCGACUGCGGAGAAGAUAGAUCUGUAGAAGGGAAGAUCGGAGAGAUGCGACUGAGGAGAAGCUGCAGGCGCUGGUGGGCGUGGCGAUGGCGUGCGUCUCGAUUCGUCCGGAGGAUCGGCCGUCUCGAGGUGGAGGAUGGCGAAACACAGCGGCGGAAGAGCGGGGGACGGAGGAAGACGCUUUUGAUAAAUGAUUUGAUUUUUAUUUUAUUAUUUAAUUGUAAUUUUACUAUGUUGCCCUUGUUGUUACGGUAACAACAAAUAGGCUGUUGUUAUAGUAUCCGGAGCCAACAUGAUGCGUCGACUUAGAUGAUGCUGCGAUAUUCUCAAUUCUCAUUAAUUCAUGGAAAAUUCUUAGUCGAAAUAGGUUAUCUAUACUAAGAUUAUCCUGAGUCCUGACAUAGAUUCUAUACUGAUACUAAUUCUUAUGUCUCUUGUGUGAAUUAUGAGAUUUUUUAAAAGGUAUAUAAAAAUAAAUGUCAUCUUGUUUCUUGUAUCAAAAUUAAUAAAAAAAUUCAUAAAAAAGGAGAUAUGAUUAGUUAGAAAUAAUGAGGAACGGUAAUGAGCAUGCAAGUAGAAAAUUUGCUAUUCUGUGAACACUCAAUCCAAAAUACAAUGCUACAGAUUCUUAUAUCUUAAAUUUGCCUAGCAGUAUCUUUCAUUUAGCUGGCCGAUGGAGACCCAUAACAUGAAAUUAUUACCUUAUAUGAUUGCAUCUUAAGUAUACAAAAAUUGUGUACAUGUAUACAUUUUACGGAAUCAUGUACGAUUUUUCAAAAUUAUGUACUGAUAUAAUAACAUCGAAUGGCAUAAUGAUUUUUGUUAAAAGGUAUAUAAAAAUAAAUUUAUUUUUCUUGUAUCAUAAUUAAUAAAAUAAAAGAGAUGAUUAGUUAGAAAUAAUGAGGAACAGUCAUGAGUACGCAAGUAGAAAAUUUUCUAUCCUGUUAAGCACUCAAUGUCUCAAUCCAAAAUCCAAUAGUACAUAUUCUUAUAUCUUAAAAUUGUCUAGCAAUAUCUUUCUUUUAGCCGGUCGAUGGAGACCCAUAACAUAACAUGAAAUCAUUGCGUUAUAUGAUUGCAUCUAAAGGAUAGUAAUUACUAAUUACCAAGCAUGCACGUUUAAAUUUUAAAUAGUAGCCCUUGAUUUCCCUUUCUAUCUCUUUCGUGUUCUGUUGUUUCGUUUUGCUCGAGUUUUAUUAUCAUCCCCACCACGCAUCUUAAUUAUCAUAAACUUGAUACGAAGAUCCAAAUUAUGUUGACAAAUCAUAGUCCCAUUUGAUGCACCUAACGUAUCACUUUUUAGUGUAAACUAUUAAAAUAAAAUUGAGAGCAAGAUAGCUGAUAUGAUAUCUAAAUUACCUCUUGCUUGAAUACUUUUUUUAAUGAAAAACAGCUGUUUGGAGUUUGAUUGGGCUAAUAGAAUAACCAUGCAUUCUUGUUUCUAGGCGGAGAAAAUAUACCAGAUCGUUAGAAAAACCGUGGUCCAAACCGUACCGUAGACCGUUAAGUAUGGUUUGGUCUGGUCCAUGGUCUGUAUUAUUUUAUGUUUUGAUCUCUUGGUCUGGUCUGGUCUAGACCACGGUUUACCGGACCAAACCAUGGACCCAACCGACUUGUCAAUACGUGUUAACAGCCCAUUCGACCACUCUCCCAACUCCCACAACAACACCCAACUCUCAAACUUAGUUUUGUGAAUCUCAUCCCUCCUUCAUUCACAACCACAUUUAAUCAGAUAAUAGAGAUAAUCGUGUCUC